AAAAUAAAAAUAAAAUAAGGGUACCAGUUUUACAGGAAAGCGCCAUUAUGGAUAGGUUGUAUCCAACCUUGUUGUUAAUUUUUGGUUUUGCAGCUGUAUUUCUAUUUCAAACAGGAUUUUCUUUCCGAUGUUAUCAGUGCAAUUCAUACAUGCAGGAAGAUUGUGCAGACCACUUCAAUAAUCAAACAUGGCAUUUAUCUGAGUGUCCGGAAGGUGUAACAAUGUGUAGAAAAAUUGUACAAGAAGUUUAUUACAAUGAUGAAUGGCAGUUACGAUACGUUCGACAGUGCGCUCCUAGUGGUGUUGUAGGUGGUGAUGAAGGUCGACGUUGUUUGGAAAAAACAGGAACAUACAAGGUGAAAGUGCGGAUUUGUCAUUGUGAUAAUCAAGAGGGUUGUAAUGGUGCAUCUAAUUUCCACAGCAACAUUCAUGUCAUUUUAUUGCCACUUAUGACAAUGUUAUAUGUAAAAUAUUUGUGGACAUGAUGAAGAAGUGCUACAUCAACACAUUUGUAUACACCGUGAAUUAGAAUCGCUCUGAGUGUGACAGUAUAGUCCCCACGGAGAACCUUCUGGUGAUCAUUAGACAUUUUUACCAAAUUUUAAUAAUUUCAAAUUGAUAUUUAAAAAAUUAAAUAGAUAUGCUACAAGAUGACCUGUAUGCACAUUCUUUUUUUUUAAAACUUUUUGGGGGUUUGCUGAAACUUCCUUUAAGCUUAAAUUCACAUAUUUAUGGGUAGGUUAUAUCUAGAAAAAUAGAAACAAAACCAUUUUAAUGAAUGCUGUGUUGCAACUGGUCAUCAUAAAUUUGAAUUUGAUCUAGAGCUGUUAAGAUAAUUGUAAGGAAUUGAAAUCAGUAUCAGAUGAAACAAUUCACUUCAGUUGACUUUACCUUAUAUUAAUGAAUAUGACCAAGGUAUAUUUAAUUUCAACUCUGCAUAUAUACUUUAUACAGCUCUUGAAGUAAUUUGAAAUAGAAAAGACCACUAGCCAAAAAGUUAGUUUAACACAUAUACCUUCUACAUUGUAUGUUGUAAUUUGAUAAAAAUAGGCAUUGUAGCAUCAUUUGAAGGUAUGGCAUUAUGGAAAACACUCUAAUUUCUCAUUAUAUAAUGUAUUGAUAUGCAUGUUCUCUUAUGGUUAAUAAUUGGCUGUUUAAAAUUUUCAUUGUGAUACAAGACUAUAUUGACCUCCCACUUAAUUAAUUGUUGUACAUAAUCCAGUAGUCACCAUGAUACCAUUCACUUAAAUCAUUCCAAUCAGACUACAGUCAAGAAUCAUUCCAUAUCUUGUAAAAAGUUCAUACGUAAUAUUGAUAAGGAGCUUAGAAUUGUAUCAACAGAAACUAUUCUGAUAUAUCUAAAGCAUGGAUAACCUUUAUUAGUUACAGCUUUCAAAUCAUUGUAUGUGUAAAUACAUAACAUCAAAAAUCUGCUUUUUUAGGUUUCAGAUUGGACUCGUGGUCGAAUACCUAUCUUUAUGAAUUAUAUUCUGUAUUAAAGUGUAGCAUAAUUUAUAUUAUUCUUUACUCAGACAAGGAAACAUUUACCUACAUAAUCCAUAAAUUCAGUGUUAUCUGAUAAAAAUUUAAAAAAAAAGGAUUGAUUUGGACUAGAUAAAUAUUGACCUGAGGCAUUCCCUCAAUAGGAGGGGUAUUUACAGUUGUCCCUUCUGUCCCCUCAUCAUUGAAUAAUUUGUACAUCCAAGCUUUUUUAACUCACACCGAACAGCAAGCUAUAUGAUAGCUAUUUAUAAAAUUUUACUGACCAAUUGAAUUAAGAGUAUAGAUAUUUUCAAAAUAUUUAAUUUAAUAUCUGAUUCCUCUUCUGGUAUGAUUUAUUGUUCCAGAGGUUGUGAAAUUCUGUAAUUGAGGUUGUGCCAUUUGUAUUAUAUACCUUUUUUAUAUAUAUUAUGCUGUAAAUAAAUCAUUUAUAAUAAAUAACAUAUAUUUUACAAA